CAUAUGUUAUCAUCAUCGCUUUUUUCUUUUUCAGAAGACCCAGGAAGGACUGAACGAGUGUUCGAGAGAGCCCCGAUCUCAGGAGAUUCUCGGAGGAACUCUGCCUGUCGUAUGGUACCCAGUUCCGAGCCGAACGCUUGUACAAACUAAGAGCGGCAAACACUGCGGAAGCUACGCUAACGUUUAAGCUCCACAAAGCCUUUGGAAGUUGUAUCCGUGCCCGUUAUUCUGUGGUUGCAGAAGACUGUCCCCGUGUAGCCUGACAUCAUACUGAGGUAUUGGCGUUAUGGCUCUCGCACUGGACGCGACGGUGCAUCAAGCCGUCGAGACCAGCGCCGGAGACCUGUGGGACCUGAGUCAGUUCCUGUGGGCCAACCCGGAGACCUCCCUGAAGGAGGCCACGGCGCACGAGAAGCUCUGCGACUUCCUGGAGCGCAAGGGCUUCAAGGUCAGGCGUCGCUACCUAAUGGACACCGCCUUCAGGGCGGAGUUCGCGGCGCCCGGAGGGUUGGACGGACCCACGAUUACGUUCCUGUGCGAGUACGAUGCCUUGCCCGAGAUCGGCCACGCCUGCGGUCACAAUCUGGUCGCCGAGUGCGCCGUCGGCGCCGCCAUCGCCGUCAAGAGGUUAUGAAAGAGUUCAAGAACAUUCAUGGGAAGGUGGUGGUACUGGGCACUCCAGGCCAGGAGAGCUAUGGCGGUAAGGAGGUCCUCCUGCAGAAGGGCGCCUUCAAGGAAAUGGACGCAGCUCUCAUGGCGCACCCGGCAGUCUUCGACUGCAUCAAGCUCCCGCUCGCUGCCAGGCAGCAGAUCACGGUGCAGUUCCAGUGCAGCCCGCGCUUCAGGUCACCCUGGGAAGUAUCUAGCGCUCUGGACGCUGCAGUUGCGUCCUACGUCAACCUGGCGCUCCUUCGCCAGCAGGUUAAGCCUCCCAGCAGGAUAAUGGGCGAGUAUCCGUUCACGCUCCCUUCACAGAAAUGA